CGUGUUAGAAUAAACGCGCAGAAGCUCAAAGCUCAAUGUUUUGGUGCCGCUGAGCGAACUGUUCUGGUGACAUGCCAUCUGAACGAUACGCUGAUUGGGCAUGUAUUUAAGACUCGAUCACGAUGGUCUGCACGCGUCGCUGGAUGGAUCACGCAGCUUGUCGUCAAUAGCCAGCACUGCAGACAUUACAUCGCAACCUCGCUCCUGCAGACGCUUACAUUCCACACGCUGUUUCAGCGCGUCACGGUAUUCGGCUUGGCUUCCUCGCAUCCCGCCGCCUGUAACGCAUUGGCCAAGAUCGCACGCCUCCGAAUGAACGAGAUCGAUCUCGCGUUCAUAGGCGCGAACGCAUCGCGCGUCCUCGCAUCCUCUACAGUUGGCUAUAUCAAGACCGCCGAGCUACGAGGCACCGUGUUCGGCGAUGCGCACGACCCCGCAGUGGUUUCCUCUGCCUUCACAAAUUUCUACGUCAGCCACGUCGAGCCGUUGGAUAUUUUGGAGACGUACGUUGCGCGGUCGAAUUGGUCUUUGGAAGAAUUACUCGAAGGGCAUGAGUUCUUGAUCAUAGUUCCUGUGUCAAAAUGA